UCAUUAGGGUCAGAGUUCAGUCACCCACACACACCCACCAAUUUUUAUUUUUGCCAACACAAUUACACAAUCACAAUAUUCGCCUAUAUUCCUAACUCAUAAUCAAAAUCCCACUUUCUCUCUCCUCUUUCCACUUCCUUCAAGCUCAUCAAUGGCGCCAAUGAAUCUCCGCCACUCCUCAUCCUCCUCCUCUUCCUCCUGCGCACAAUCCAUCACAACGUCGUCAUCAGAUGCGCGUCUUCUGGUGCGUGAAACAAUGCGAAUCAGCGCCAAUUUGGCUGCACCAGCGAAUUCUCCGUCGCAAAUUCCGCCGACUCUUCCGGCUGCAUUGGAUAGUAAGAAUCUCAGGUUAGGGCUUGUUGAAGAGGAGUACAUUCAUUCCAACUUGAGGUUGAUUUGUUGUGAAGAGAUCGAUGGCCGUCGUUGGAAGUAUGUUGCUGAGAAUGCUAAUGAUUCUUCUGGAACAUUCAAGAAGGGUUCUAUUCGUUCUGUUUCUUUGCAGACUCCUCAAGCUCCAGCUGAUGAAUUAGUGUCAUUUAUUCGAUCCUAUGUUGUUCCUGAAGGCUUUCCGGAUAGUGUUUCACCUUCAUAUGUGCCAUACAUGACAUGGAGGGCAUUAAAGCACUUCUUCGGUGGAGCCAUGUGUGUCUUUACAACACAAACUAAAUUGCUGACUUCUGUUGGAGUAUCUAGAAACAGAGCUACCCCUGGUGCUGUUGCUAUUAAUUGGAUUCUUAAGGAUGGUGCUGGGCGAGUUGGAAAAAUGCUUUUUGCUAGACAAGGGAAGAAAUUUGAUUAUGAUUUGAAACAACUUAGAUUUGCUGGUGAUCUAUUGAUGGAGUUGGGUGCUGGGGUCGAGUUGGCAACUGCAGUAAUGCCAAACUUGUUUCUGCCAUUGGCUUGCGCUGCCAAUGUUGCUAAGAAUGUUGCUGCUGUUACAUCAACAUCUACCCGUACUCCAAUCUACAAAGCAUUUGCCAAGGGUGAGAAUAUUGGAGAUGUCACGGCUAAAGGCGAAUGUGUUGGCAACGUUGCAGAUCUGUUGGGAACUGGACUAAGCAUCAUGCUAUCGCAAAGGAACCCAUCCUUGGUUACAGCAUUUGCCUUCCUUUCUUGUGGUUAUGUUCUCAGUUCUUAUCAAGAGGUGAAGUCUGUUGUAUUGCAUACUCUAAAUAGGGCAAGAUUUACGGUGGCAGUGGACUCUUUCCUUAAAACUGGGCGAGUUCCUUCUCUGAAAGAGGGAAAUUUAAAGGAAAACAUAUUUUGCUUUCCAUGGGUACAAGAUACUUCUGUUCAACUUGGCUGUAGAUUCAAGGAUGCAUUUCAGGACCCAGGUUUAUAUUUUGCACUAGAACCGCUCUUUGAGAGAGAGAGAUAUGUAGUGACCUACGAUCCUGUAAAGAACAAAGUGUGUGCAUUGCUCAAGGAUCAGGCAAAAGCUGAAGACAUUAUAAAAGCAGCAUUUCAUGGUCAUGUACUUCUUCAUUCUAUUCAAUCAUCACUUAAGAAGCAGACUGCUUCUGGGAAGGGUUAUGAGCAUGAUAGCUUAGACUCUCUAGCCAUGCCUGUAGAUAUUGAGAGCCUCGUGGCUGAUUCCUGCAAGAUGGUUUCAUCUACAUAUGGCCUGUUCAAAUAUAAAACUGCAGAACAGGGAUGGGUAAUGUCGGAGUCACUUCUUAAUCCCGGACGAGCUCGGUUGUAUCAAGAAUAAGGUUCCACAUGUUUUCAGUUGAUCUAAAACAAAUAGAUCUUGGCUCGGAAAGAAUCUCUAGUCAUAUGAUGGACGCUUGCUUGAUAUACCAAGUCCACAUGACCAAGGUUUGGUCAGAUUCUUUGUCUUGCCUCUAACACCGUGAUGCAUGUGGCAGCCUUUAUAAUGGGUGUAGUCUUGUGGAUAUUGCUGUGAUCCAGUGGGAAGAUUGGCCAUUAGAUCUAACGGAAGACUGCAGAUUUCCACAAUUCGACAGUUCAGAAUGAGAUCCUUUGAAGCAGAAAUUGGUUUCAAAGCUGUAGCAGAAUGUACUCGUUUGCCUUACCUUUUACUAUAUGUGGUCAAUAUAGCUUGUUCUAUUACAUUGAUGUAAAUUAUUACGUUUGUGUUUGUCUUUCCCCCUCUUUGUAUCUAUAGUUGAGCUUAGUGGUGUUUCUAUUUUUUACGUUGGCAUGUAUUGCACAAAGAUGUAACCGUGGGGGGAGGGGGGAGGGGGGAGGAGGGGGGUGGGUUGGAGAUUACAGAAUUUUUGAGGUAAUGAUUUUCAACAGUUUUGGUGUUAAUGAUGACUGAGGGAUUGAGGGGAAUGUUUAGAUUGGCUUUCAUGUCUCCUUUCUUAGAAAUAUGACAUGCAUUUUGAGUUAUUUCCGAAGUAAAACUAUUGUAAAGUACGGAUGAGCAUGCAGAUCAAUGCCUGUAAAGUGCGACUCUAUUAUUAAUACAAUCAGUUUAAAUUUUUGUA